AUGAAUACUACUGGGGAUGUCGGACUUUCUGGUCGAAAAGGCUACCCAGGAAGACUGGGUUCCCCCGGUAACAGAGGCUCCCUUGGUCUAGCUGGAGACACCGGAGCUGACGGAUCUCCAGGGUAUGGUGGACUACCUGGUCGAGAUAGCAGCCCUGGCAGGAAAGGGUACCCUGGUGACCCUGGGUUAUCUGGUGCAGACGGUAAAGCUGGAGCACGAGGAGCUGAUGGUAACAAGGGGCAGCCGGGGUUGGAGGGAUUCACUCCUAGUAAUGCUCCUGCUGGUCCCCCUGGGUUUAUAGGCUCCCGAGGUGAUCAGGGAGACAAGGGUAAGACUGGUUACACUGGCACACCUGGUGACGAGGGAAAGUGUGGUGACAGUGGUCUGCCAGGCGAAGUGGAGUCUACACCAGAACAGCUUGCAGGAGAACCAGGAGAAGCAGGAGAAGCUGGAGGCAAGGGUAGCGUUUUAAACACCCAAUACGCUCAAAUACAGACUUACGCCUUCCACUCCCAGACUAACUCGUUUCAGGCGUGUCCAAGUGGAAUGACGGAGAUUAUGCGGGGAUUCAGUUUCCUCUACUUUGACUCCUCCUCUGGUAGUGGACAUGGAGUACCUCUCAGCAACCCGGGCUCCUGUAUGGCCACCUUCUCUAUCCAACCAGUUAUGGAGUGCACGACUAACACGUGUGAGGUAAAAGGCGACGACUCUUCCCUGUGGAUGCCAGUAGGUGACAUCCCUGAAGACAUGUCUGCAUCAGAGUACUACCCUCAAGAGGAACUUAUUUUCGGGGGCAAGGAGAAUGAUCAGUCCGACAGGAUCAAGCAAUUUAUUUCUAGAUGUUCUGUGUGCGAGUCCCCCUCUGCAGUGAUGGCUAUACACUCCUUCAGUAGCAGUGUACCAAGUUGCCCUGAAAAAUGGGAAGAGCUCUGGAUCGGCUUUAGUCUUAUGAUGAUACAGCAACAAGAGAAAGCGAAUAAUCCACAAAACAAAUAUUAG